UUACGUUAUGCGUGUAUAAAUCGAUAACAGGUAGAUCAUUGCAAACAAUAAUAUGUGAUAAAAGAUUUAUCAAGAGAAUGCACUCUGUACGAAGGACGAACAAGUAAUUCUACAAUCACGGAGAUAAAGAUACAGAAAAGAAAGAGAAAAAGAAAGAAAGAAAAAGAAAGAAAGAGAGAGAAAGUACGAACGGAUCGCAAAGCAGCUGAUAGAUAAAGAUGGCCGAACUGGAUACAAACAAAUAGGAACGAACGUCACUGUUUUCUACGUGAACAUCACCCGAUGAAUUUUAAUUCAAUGAUAUCAUAUCGCAGAAGACAAUUAUUGUACAAGCGGAAACUUUUAUGAAAGAAUAUUAACUUACUUUAACGGAUGUCCUCUCAUGUCAGGAUGAAAUGAUUUGUUCAAAACUUUUUCUAUAAACUCUAGGCAUUUACAGUUUUAAUGAAUUAACAAUGUGGUAAUAAUGAUCAAGUUUAAUACGAAGAAAUAACAACUUGUAAUGUGCCGGUGUUGUAAAAAGCACUGUUAGAAGGCACAAAUGCUAGAAGGCAGUUAAAUUAGUGUGAUUUAAUAUAACAUGGCUUAUAAUCCACAUAAUGUGAAAUAUCCAUCUGAAAUACAUGACCAUCCACAACCAAACAUGACAGGAUAUACGUAUCCUACUCAUCCACCACAGCAUGUGCAGCAAACAGAUGAAAAUAGAAAUGAAAAUAAUUGUGGGAAUAAGGAGACAUGUCCUCAAAUAUCGCAUCAAUCUUCCAGCACACAAACCAUUCAAAAAGUAGAUGCAGCUACGAUGACUGAUCCCUUGCAAAUAGAUUUCAGACUUACUUCAGAAUAUUUGGCACGUUGUUCUAGUACUUUAGGUUUGCCGUAUGUAACUAAAUACGAGGAUAAUAGCAAUAAUUCUUCACACAAUUGUCAAGAAGUUAGACCCAAGCUUGAAUUUGAAGUAGAACCACAGCACAUUAAUGGUAUGCUGAUAUAUCAUUGUCCAGAAUGCGCAUAUAGAUUUGAAGAUCGCGAAGCGUUGCAUGAACACCUGGAGGAUCAUCGGCAGCGGCCUCAUAUUUGUGAUAUCUGUGGUGCAAGCUUGAAACGUAAAGAACAUCUUGAUCGACAUAAACAAGGCCACAAUAAAGAUAGACCUUAUCAAUGCAAUAUGUGCUGUAAGGCAUUCAAACGUAACGAGCAUCUUGCACGCCACAUGAUUAUUCAUUCUGGCAGUAAAAAUCAAAUUUGUACUGAGUGUGGUAAAGCCUUUUAUAGGAAAGAUCAUUUGAAAAAGCAUUUACAGAGUCACAACAGUAGUAGAAAUAAAAUUUUAAAUAGUUCGCAAAAUAACCAAAAUGGUCAAAGUACCAACGAAGAAGGACUGAGUAGUUUUGCUAUGAUGAUGAGGCAAGCUGGCCCGCCUCCGUUUUCAAUUUUGCGUACUUAGCUGUAAAACCGUUAUAUUGUUUUUACACCAAUAUCAUGAGCAAAGAAAUCUUUUUUUUUUAUAUCUUAGGAAAAAAAACGAAUUUUUCAAGGUUGAACUUUAUUAGAAUUUUAAUAAAACAUUUUCAAUUGUGAUUAAUAUUGAAAGAAAAAUAAUAUUGCUAAAUCACAAUUUAUCGAGCAGUUCAACGUUAUUGCCUCUUAACGUGUAUCGAUACGAGCAGCAGAUGAAACAUUAUUAAUAAGCUUUCAUUAUUUUGAUAAUAAGUUUGUAUUAUGCAGCCGUUUGUUACAUUUACGAGUUUUCCAGAUUGAUAAUCGUUUGAUAUGUUUUUAUUCAAAUCUGUGAUCGCGAGUAAAGUAAAAUCGUAGAUAUUACUUUGAUUUGUUUGAUAUAUUGUAAAUAUAUUAUAUGUACCGCAGGAAUGGCCAACAAGUUGAUCGCGUAGCGAUUUUUGGUCAAUUAUAGUCGACAGGAGACGACUUUAACACGCAAACGAAACAUAUUGUUAAUUAUCUUAUAGAAGCAAACGAUCGGGGAUCCUUUUUGAAUUUGUUGCAAAUGAAUAUCGUCAAUAUUACUUAACUCGCGAUAAUUUAUUUACAAAAAUUAGUCUUCUAAGUCGAAAAAAGAGAGAGAGAAAAAGAGAAAAAAGAAUUUAAUUUAAAUUAUAUACUACUUCUGUUAAAUAAUAAUCGCGGAAAGCACCGACUGUUAUGUAUCUUUAAAAAAUAUUUUCGUUACUGUUUAAAUGAAUAAUGCGCUAAAUGUUGUUAGCUAAAAGUUACUACGCGACAAAUGGUUAUUAUAUCUCUAUUCUUUCUUAUUAGCAAAUAAGAUGAACACAUUUAUAAAUCUUUUGAGGAAACGGCGGAGUCAAAUUCGAUAUUUAAUAUUUUAUGACAUUUUGCCUAAAAGCGUGUCUGUUAUUAAGUGCAUAAAACUUUGGUAAAAAGAAAAAAUAUUAAAAAAAGAGUGAGUGAGAGAGAGAAAGAAAAAGAGUGAAUGUAAUUAAUUAAUAGUUGGUACUUUACAUUUACACUGUUCAUGUAUUAACAAACAUACACUGACUCACAUAUACAUAUACUUACGUUACAAAAUGAACGUGUAUAUGUAUACCUUAUUAUAUCGUUAUUUUAUUAUAAUAUGAUUAUUAUUAUUGUUACAAUCCCUAUUGCCACUACUUCCGCUACCGUUAUCACUGCUUCACAGUCAUCUUUUUAGUACUAUUAUAAAUUUUACUUGAUUAUUAUUAAUAAUACUAUUAUGUUGUAUUAUUCUUGUAUAUUAUUUAUAUUUAUGGAGAAUAAUUGACUGUCUAUCGAUUUUGUGGUAUUAUAAUUUUAAUAGUGUACAAAGAUGAUUAUGUACACGCCAGGCAAGAUGGGUAGAAAGUAAAUAAAAGAAAAGGAAAAACAGUUAACAUAAAAAAUAAUAAUAAAAAAACAAAAAAAAAAAAGAAAGAAAGAAAAGAAAACGCUCUGUUAUCGAUUGUAGCAAAAAGUGAUGAUAAAAUAAAUUCAUUAUUAUAUUAAAAAAUAAGUAAAUUUGUUUAAAUCUGCGAUCUUGGAGUAAAGAAUAUAUCUUUUCAUUCUAAAUAGAAUUCUAUUCUUUCUAAAAGAGAAAAAUGGGAGCAAACGAGGAUGAUCGGUUGUUAAAAAUAAAACUUCAACGACGUUUGCACUUUUUCCAGCAUUUUUUUACAAUUUUUAUAUAUGUAUAUGUAUUAUGUAGGGUAUUACAUAAAGCAGCGCACUGGGAAAUAUUUGAAAAAUGUUCACAAACUUUAAACUUCCGUCACUUCGUAGCCUAAAUUCGUCUUCUCUCUGUAUGGUUGCUAUAUUAUACCUACAUAUCUUUCUAAACGCA